AUGUCUGCCGACGCCCUUGAUAAAUCUGCGACCGUUUCCGAUAUAAGGUGUAAUGGUGAGUUGCGAUGGUCUAGCAUACUAAAAUGUAAGUCGUUGGAAACCUUCCUCAAAUUCGGACGGCACUCUUCCCGCAGUGGUUCAAUGAAAUAUCCUAUUUCAGAGAGAGUGGAAUGGAUCAGGCGCGAAGACUGCUGGAAACUCCUUCCUCAGGUGUUUUGCGAGAGAAGAAUUCAAGGUGCUGAACGUCCUGAUGUCGCAAACGGAGCCUUCUGUCAAAAAAAAAAGAAAGACGAAGCAGUGGCUCGUAUUCGGCGAUCCUAUCUAAGCCCAACAGCGACGGUGUGUUAG